CUUUCGAUAUCUUUUCAGUAGUCUCAGUGUUAUGCACUGCUAUUUUGAUGACAGUUUUGAAAGCUUAAUACAAAUUAUUAUCUGGAUUUGUAUGAAUAGAGGUUUACCUAUCUAUUCUAUUCUAGGCAACUUUAAGAGGACCGGCCAUGGUGCACUAAGAAAAACACAGGAAAAAAAGAGAACACCAAGGCACAGAUACCAAGGACAAGAAAAGACAAAAAGAAAAGAAGAAAAGGAAGAAGAAAAAAGACGCAAGCAGACACAGACAGAGAAACAAGAAAGAAAAGAACUAAAAGUUCGAGCUGAACAUUAAAAAUGGAGCCUAUUAAGGACAAGUUCUCAGACUUGAUUCAAAGAAUCAACAUUAAUAUUUCCAAAAAACUAGUGGAUAAGCUUUUUGAAAAGCGUGUCCUUUCAUCGCAAGAGAUGAAUUGUGUGCUUGCUGAAAAGACAUGCCACGAUGCAACAAGGAUUCUUCUUACAAUGAUCAUUCAUAAAAGUGAAGAAGCCUGCGAUUAUUUUCUCCAGCUCCUUAAAAUGUAUGAUGAGUUUCUUUUCGAAGAUGUUUUUGGAACAACUCUCUCUGACAGAAUAGAAAAAUGGGAACGUGUAACAAAAGCAGGAAGACCUAUUGAUGUUAUACCAAAAAUGAUGGAAUCGGAGAUUGAUGACUUGGAAAAGUUCUUAAAACGGUUCUAUCAGUAUCCAUGUUUUCAAAAUUUUUAUCCAUUGGGUGAAGAAACCGGCAUCGACAUCAUUUUUAAUCUGGAAACAACUUUUACAGAUCCUUUACUAUGGAAAAAAGACAUAUACAAUCGAAGGAAAGAGAAAAUUAAGCUUGAUGACAUGUUGUGGAAACUCAAAAGUCCAUGUAUUAUUGAAGGAGAAGCUGGCAAGGGUAAAACUACAAUGCUUAAAAGAAUUGCUGUCCUUUGGGCAUCCGAACAGUGCCAACCUUUACAAGGUUAUAAACUUGUUUUCUUUAUCACUUUACGUGGAACAAGUAAAGGUCUUUAUGAAACUAUUUGUGACCAGCUUUUUCCAGUAACGUAUAGUUGGAACAAAGAAACUUUUUUGCAAAAAAUUCAUCAACUUGAAGGAAAGGUACUGUUUUUACUGGAUGGUUAUGACGAAUUCAGUUUUGAGAGUUGCAGAGAAAUAGACAAUCUUAUUAAGCAAAACCACAAAUUCAACAACACAGUUAUUGUAAGUACGAGGACGGAGUCACUAGGAGAAGUGAGACGGUAUGGUGCUCUUAUUGUUGAAAUGAGUGACUUCACACUUGCAAGUGCCCAAAACUUGAUUACAAAUGUCUUGGAGGAAAAUGAAGCUGCCAUUUUGCUGGGACAGUUGAAUGCAUCUGAAUUCAUGAAAAAUCUGGUAAAAACCCCUUUGUUUUUGGUCAUAGCGUGUGCCCUUAGAAUGGGGGACUCUGAUUUUCAAAUGAACACUCAAACUGCUUUGUUUUGUACAUUAUAUAAUUUAAUGAUUGACAGAGGCCGCAACAAAAUAAAAAAUGUAGAGAAGAAUACCGUAGAAGAGAAUAUCCACUGGUGCGGAGACUUAGCUCUCAAUGGGAUUUUUGACCACAAAUACGAAUUCCGAAAAGAGCACUUAUCCAAUAUCAUAGAGGACAUCUUACUUAAAAUAGGACUGCUAAAUAAAUAUGCGGCUCAGAGACAACAACCUGGUUAUAGAUUUUUUCAUACAUCCUUCCAGGAGUACACAGCUGGAAGAAGACUGUCUCAACUAUUAUCGUCAGACGAGACGGCCAACGUAGAGAAAGGAGACUAUUACCUCAGGAAAUUAAAAACCAUUCAUGAUGUUACCAACAGGUACAAGAACCUGCUAUUAUACACAUGUGGGUCAUCCAAAACUGCAACUCAGAAAAUUAUUCAUCAUAUUGGGAAUUUGUACAAAGAAGAAAUGAAUGAAACCAGCUCUGACUUUGUAGAGUUUGGAAUCAACCUGUUCCAUGAAAGUGCAACCAAGAAGGAGAUGAAUGUAGAGUUUAAAUCCAUCUUUUCCGGUAAAAUAUUGCACCUUAGCAUGCAUAAUGUAGGUUCUCAUCAUGUUGAGUUUUUUGAGCAUCUACCGGGAUGUCUUAGUGUUUUACAUUUGGUCAAAUUAGACCUUUUUGGCCAAAAAAGUAACACACUGGCAGAAGGUGGAAAUAGUGGACACCCUGAAGAUCUAGUUACACCACAGAUGCACAUUUCUAAAAACGUUGUCAACUUAUUUUAUGAUUGGAAUCAAGUUUUGCAAACAUUGGAGGUCACAAUAAAGAAAUUUUACCGUUUGGAUAAAGCUGAUAUAAAGUUUCUCGGAAAAAUAUGCUGCUGCGCUGAAAAUCUGAGGCUGAAAAUCAACUCUAGUCCAGGGAUUACUGGGAAUCUCACACGUGUUGUGGACAAUUGCAAAAGAAUGAGAGAACUGAUAAUUAAUAACACCCCACUCAGCACUGAAGAUGAGGCUCAGAUUGUUAAAAUGACAAAUAUGAAAACAUUGAGUAUCUCCAACAUGGAUAAAGAACAUCCACAAGAAAUCUUAUUAGAUGGGCUGUGCAAGCUUUUUGAAAUCGAGAAGUUAAUUUUGCACAACAUUAACGUACAUGAAAGAGAAGGUGAACUCCUCGCAAGGAGCAUUUCACAUUUAAAGAAGCUAAAAAUGUUGAAAUUGUCAGUUCUACCUAACAUUGGAAGCUCCAUGGAACAUGUAGUAAAAUCUAUUUCAAACUGUGACAACAUAACGGAACUUCAUCUUAUUAACUGCUGUUUGACUUCAACAACAUUCAUUAUUCUUUCACAGAUUCUAGAAAAAUUCACAAACCUUGAAAUUCUUGACCUGUCUGAUAACAUUCUGGAAGAUGAAGGGAACCUAUCAAUGGAAGUGUUUGGUCAAACAUUGACUCGUCUGCCGUCACUCACAACCCUUUUACUACCUGGAGGCAUAAAUGUUAAGUGUGGACUGGAUACUCUGAUGGAUCACCUUAAAGGACUUUCAAAACUGUCCAAGCUUUCCUUUAGGAGGUGGAACAUGACAGAUGAUGAUGUGAUUAAGUUAGCUGCUCAUUUUACAAACAAUUUUGGACAGCUUGAAUUUUUGGACCUAUCAUAUAAUUUUAUAAGUGGUGAUGGCUGGAUCUGUCUAAUUCAAGCCCUUCGAAACUUUAAGAACUUAAAGCAUUUUGAUCUGAGCACGGAGGGAACCUUCAAUCCAAUUGGUGAUGUUUUACAGACUCUGUGCUCUGUAGUGGAGGUGCUGCCAUGUUUAUCGUCAUUGAAACUGGAUAACUGGGAACUUGAUGAUAUUGACAUUGGCAAAAUGAAGAACAUGAAAUUGAUUCACAGAGAAGGUGAAACAUUUGAACACUUUUUCCUAGUUGAAAAGAAUUGAAAAAAGCAAAGUACAGGACCUAUGAAGAUGCUUAAGCCUGUAAGGAUCAAACCUAUUAUUGUGGACACUG